CGAAAAACAUAGAAAAUAAAAAUAAUAAACGAAAAUAAAAACACGAUAAAUUACAGUGGCUAAAGAUAUUAAAACUGAAAACACGUAAAUUUUUCUUAAGAAAAGAAAAAAAUAUAAAAAAAAAAUUAAAAACAAAUUUUGAAAACCAAACAAAUUUUUGGGGUGAAAUUAAAAUAAACAGAAAUUAUGUCGAAUAGUGUGCGUCCUUUAAAAAUCACCAUAGUUGGUGAUGGUAUGGUGGGAAAGACUUGUAUGCUGAUAACCUACACACAAAAUGAAUUUCCUGAAGAGUAUAUACCCACAGUUUUUGACAAUCAUGCCUGCACCAUAACGGUUGAUGAUAAGGAAUACAGUUUGACUUUGUGGGAUACAGCGGGUCAGGAGGAUUAUGAACGUUUAAGACCUUUAAGUUAUCCAAAUACCAGUUGUUUCCUCUUGUGCUAUUCCAUCAGCAGUCGAGCUUCCUUUGAAAAUAUCAAAAGCAAGUGGUGGCCUGAAAUUCGCCACUACUCCAACAAUGUACCUGUCGUUCUAGUGGGCACUAAAUUGGAUUUGCGCAUUGCGAAUUCCGAAAAGUUCGUUACCACAGCCGAGGGACGUCGUUUGAAAAAGGAAAUCCAUGCCCAUUCUUUGGUCGAGUGCUCGGCCAAGAAAAAGAAUAACCUACAAAAUGUUUUCGAAGAGGCCGUGAGAGCUGUAGAAAAGAAACCCAAAAGUAAGCCCCAAUGUAGAAUUCUUUAGUGCAAAAGAAUAGAAGAAAGCAACAUUUUAGCCUGGUACUAAAUAAAUCAAAUGUGUGUGUGUUGUUGUUAAAAGUAUUUAUUUCAAUACUUUAGUUUUAAUCUAAACUAAUUAUUAAAGUAUGUAAUAUAACUAUUGAAAUUUAUAAACAUUUUUUAUGUAAUUAUUACCAACUUUUAAAAGAAACUAUAAGUUUCUUUAAAUUGUUUAUUAUUUUAUGAUUUUCGAAAACUUUCUUGAAAUUUCCUUUUAUUUUUUAAAUUAAUUUAAGUGUUAUUAAUUAUUCCUAUAACGAUUUUUUUUUUAAAUAAUUUAAUAUUGAUUAAACGUUUAUUUCCAUACCUUAAGAAAUAUUGUUUAUUUUUCUUUUUUAUUUCUAAAACUAUUUUUCUAUAUUUCCUUUUUUAUCACGAUUUGACCAAAGUUUUUUUUUAUGUUCAUGUUAAAAUAUUAUUUUUUUUAGAUUUUUUUGUUUGUUUAUUUAACAAAUUUAUUAAUAAUUUAUCUAGUAAUUUGUAUAAAACUGAAAUCCAAAAAAAAAAGCAACAAAAUAAACAAUUAUGUAUUUAAUAAGUAAUUAAUUUUUAUUUAUGUAUAUUUUUUUAAUAUACCAUCAAAACAUAUGUACUAUAUACAUAUAUGCAUGAUGUAUGUAGUAAUUAUAAUAUUUAAUAAACUAGUCAUAUAUAAACAAAA